ACUGUAUUCAGCAGAUCGUGUGGCAGGUUGUCCGGCAGGGUGCUUACCGAGUGAGCAAGAAAAAGCGGGCUGCUGGUGGCAGGGAGCAAAGGAAGGAAACGUGAGGAAUGGCUGAAAGCUGACUGUGUUUUUCUACAGGAAACAAAUCAGGAGCGAAACGAUAGCAAAAAUAAGUCACCAAGUGUUUCCCAUUUCGGUUGGAGAAUUGUAUUGAGGCUUCUUAUUUUGUCCACGCACGGAUCCGCCUGGUUUUCUGAUUUAAUGGGACAACGAAAACGGAAAAGGCAAAAGGUGCCAAUUUUGUCGUUUGUGUGGACGGGUGCUACUUAUUUUUAUGGGACCAAUACUCCACACGGGAUGAAUAGGAGGACACUUAGUGCAAGGUAAACCGCAUUGUUUGAGUAAAGAAAAUGUCCCAGAUUUGACAGGGGUAGUUAAGGAUAUAUGUUUGGUGGGACUGAUGCAUUAACAUGUUAUAUCCUUGAAGUGGUCGACUACCUAUCAACAAGAAUACAUAUUCAAGCUUCUUGGACAAGCCAUCACAACAGAGCAGUCACAUGAAAAUUGGCCUACAUGUCCUUAUAAGAGAAACACGUAAAGCCAUUUUGCUCCGUCUGAACAGAAGAAGAACAUGCGCGUGUUUGUCAUCUGGAUAUUUUUGCGGUUGUUUUCACUACGGAAUGGUGCGGCUGGUCAAGGACAAUCCACUCCGGCUAUUUGUUCGUCCUCAUGCAGCUGCGACGAGGACGGAGGCGCCGAUUGCUCUGGGAAAGGUCUGACCACUGUCCCGACUGGUCUAAGCGCCUUCACCUACUAUCUUGACAUCAGCAUGAAUAACAUCACAGAGCUCCCGGCUUUUGUCUUCAAGAACUUCCCCUAUCUAGAAGAACUACGACUGGCAGGAAAUGACCUCUCAUUCAUCCACCCUGACGCUCUGUCUGGACUACAUCAGCUCAAAGUCCUGAUGUUGCAGAAUAACCAGCUGAAAACUGUUCCAAAUACAGCUAUAAAGAACCUCUACUCUCUACAGUCUCUACGUCUGGAUGCCAACCACAUCACGACGGUGCCUGAGGAUAGCUUUGAGGGCCUGCAGCAGCUCCGCCACCUCUGGCUGGAUGACAACAGCCUGACUGAGGUCCCAGUGGGCCCCAUGAGACACCAGGCUAACCUGCAGGCUCUCACCCUGGCACUCAACCGCAUCACCCACAUCCCCAACAAUGCCUUUGCCAACCUCUCCAGUCUGGUGGUGCUGCAUCUGCAUAAUAACAGAAUUAAGGAGAUUGGGGAGAGCUGCUUCACAGGGCUAGAGAACCUAGAGACGCUGGAUCUUAACUUCAACAACCUGAUGACCUUCCCAGAAGCAAUCCAGGCACUGCCCAAACUGAAGGAGCUUGGAUUUCACAGCAACGACAUAGCAGCCGUACCUGAGGGAGCCUUCCACAAGAACCCUUUGCUCCGCACCAUCCACCUGUAUGACAACCCCCUGUCAUUUGUGGGAACUUCAGCCUUCCAGAACCUGUCUGACCUGCACUCCCUGAUGCUACGUGGAGCCAGUAUGAUGCAGGAGUUUCCCUGUCUCACUGGGACUAACAACUUGGAGAGUCUUACUUUGACAGGCACAAAGAUUGCUGCCGUACCGGUUGAGCUCUGUGAGGAUCUCAAGGUGCUGCGGACUCUAGACCUGUCCUACAAUGAGAUUGAGGAGCUGCCUUCCUUCCAGGGCUGUCUAAAGUUGCAGGAAAUAAGCCUGCAGCACAACCACAUCCAGCAAAUCGACAGGGACACAUUCCAGGGCCUGUCUGCCCUGCGCUUGCUGGACCUGAGUAGAAAUGAAAUGAAAACCAUCCACAGAGAUGCUUUCCUCUAUUUGACGGUGCUAACAAACCUAGACCUGAGCUUAAACUCGCUGACCAGCAUUCCAACAACUGGACUGAGUUCACUGAACCAACUGAAACUCACAGGAAACCUGCAGAUGAAAAAUGUAUUUACUGCGAAGAGCCUCCCCAAACUCAGGUCAGUAUCAGUUCCCUAUGCUUACCAGUGCUGUGCAUUUGUGGGAUGUGAUUCUUCAACAUCUUCCACUGAUGAGGAGAACAUCAAGAAGGUUACAGGUGGAGAAGAUGUGGAGAGGAUAUCGAUGGUAAUGCACUGCUCUCCCUCUCCAGGAGCCUUCAAGCCCUGUGAGCACCUCCUGGGCAGCUGGAUGAUCCGUCUGACUGUGUGGUUCAUCUGCCUGGUGGCCCUGAUCUUCAACACUCUGGUGCUGGCAGCCACCUUCUCCCGCCGGGCCUUGGCUCUCUCCCCUGCCAGGCUGCUGGUUGGCCUCCUGGCCCUCACCAACCUGCUAACUGGGGUCUAUGUGGGGGUGCUCACUGUCCUGGAUGCUGCCACCUGGGGCUCCUUCGCUGAGUUUGGGGUCUGGUGGGAGACGGGGGUGGGCUGCCGGGCGACAGGGGCCCUGGCGGUGUUCUCCUCCGAGUGGGCGGUGCUGCUGUUGCCCCUGGCGGCUGUGGAGCGCAGCGUGGCGGUGAGGGGGCUCCUGGGGAAGACCAUCUCGCCCAGGAGGAGCAGCGAGAGGGGGUUCGGGGACAGACGCUUCGCCCUGGCGGCUGCUCUCCUGGGACUCCUGGCGGCUGCAGCAGCCUGCCUGCCCCUCUUCAGUACCAGCGACCCUUCAGCCUCCCCUCUCUGUUUACCCUUCUCUGGCGGUGAGGGCCCUGCACUGGGGGUCACUGUGGCCCUGGUGCUGCUCAACGCUCUGGCCUACCUGUUCACAGCAGCAGUGUACACCCAGCUGUACUGUGGCUUGGGCAGGGUGGAGCUGGCAGACCAGGAGCAGGCAGGGGCCGUACGCCAUGUGGCAUGGCUCAUAUUCACCAACUGCAUCUUCUUCUGUCCUGUGGCAGCCUUCUCCUUUGCCCCUCUACUGGCCAGGUCUGGCACCGCAGGCGGCCCUGAGAUCGCCAAGUCCGUCACGCUCAUCUUCUUCCCCCUACCGGCAUGCCUUAACCCCGUGCUCUACGUUUUCUUCAGCCCCGCCUUCCGGGAGGACUGGCUGCGGCUGCGGGGCCAUGGAGCUGUAGCCCGGGGGAUGAAGGCUGGGCAGUGUGCAGGGCGCUCUGGGGUUGUGGAUGGGGAUGGAGACUCCUCCACACGGCUGGGCUAUGACUGUGGGGUGUACUCCCAGCUCUGUGGGGAAACAGGCAUGUGUGAGCGCUGCCAGGUGGCUCUACACGCCAGGACCUCUUCCUCCUCAACAUCAGUCUGCAGACACUUGGUGAAGUCCCACAGCUGCCCUACCCUCUCGGCUGGUGCGACAGCGGGCCAGCGUACGGAGGGAUACUGGGCAGACAGCGGCACCCUCUCUGCCCAGUCAGAGUACGCUGACGAGGGGGACUCGUUUGUGUCCGACAGUUCAGACCAGGUGCAGGCCUGUGGACGAGCCUGCUUCUGCCAGAGCCGAGGGCUCCCUCUGGUCCACUACGCAUACAACAUACCUCGCAUCAAAGACUGAGAAACUCUUUGUCUGUGUGUGUGUGUGUCUGUGUGUGUGUCUGUGUGUGUGUCUGUGUGUGUGUGUGUCUGUGUGUGUGUCUGUGUCUGUGACACUAUAACAAAAAGUAAAGGUUUUUGAUAAACAACAAAACAUGUGCAUGUGGGUCCCUGCACACAAAUCAUUCAGGGAGCACUUCUUUAAUCACUGUGUGAAACAGACUCAACUGUCACAAAAAAAGGAAUCUGGCAUUAAAUGAGACUUCUCUGAGACCUGAGACUUUUGGCCAACACUUGUUUUGCCCUUCAGGAUUUACAACUGAUUCCUGUGUGUGAUAACACCAAACUGGCUGUCAAAUAUGUAACAAAAGAGGAAACCUUGCCACCAGUGCCUGCUUCUUGUUUUAGAGCAAACUCAUUAUCAAGAUGUUACAAGCCUGAAUUCAUCUGUCACGUCUCUUGCUAAGGCAAGCAUCUAUGUGCCAUCUUUUUGUAGGUUCUGCCCGUAGCUAGCUAUAUGUUUUAUUUUAUUGUUAUUCCCUGGUCUGUCGAUUUUAAAGCCUUACCAUAAUCGCUAUUCAUUUGUAUAUGUAGCAAAUGUAAUCAUAAUCCUCAUUCUAGGGUUGUUUUUCAUAUGAGAAUAUAAAGUAACUGAAAGGAGAAUUUUAUGGAAGCGGCUUUAAAUGAAGGGGUACUGACAAUGUGUUAAAUAUAAUCUGACAGCUGCAUUUUCAGCCCUCCCAAUGUGAGCCAACUGAAUCUCCAGUAUGAAUCUGUUCAUGUAUCUUCACAAGCCCUGUAUUCAUUCCUCAAGAGUACAAGACAAUGACUUAAAUGUUUAUUAUCUUUGACAAUAAGUGUCAACAAUUCUUCCUCGCUAUGAGUGAUAAAGUCUUGGAUGUCACGUGGGAUUGGAAGAGAGCACUGUUUUAUCAACAGUCUUCCUAGUUGUUGUGGAGACUUUUAUGACUUUGUUUGUUUUGUCUCUUGGACUGAAAAUAAUGUAGUUGAACUGUGCUUUACCCCCAGGAUCGUUCUAAUUUAUUGCUUAAAGAGGAGCAGAAUGUCUGGGCCAUGGACAAGGUUAUUUCAGGUGUCAGGAAGUUGGCUUUGAAAGGUGAGUGCAGCAUGUACCAAGUGCAAGCUAAGCCUCUGGCGCUGAAUGUUGGUGCCACACAAAGGCCUUCAUUUCUGGAUUGUUCUGAGACAGAUCGCGUUGUAGUAAAAUCUAUAUAUCUAUAAAUCUAUAAAAUAUAUAUAUUUUAUUUUUUUAUUUUUUAAAAAUAAAUUUAUGGACAUCAUUGGUGCUCACAACCCAUUCAUUUUGAUCAAUAUGCAUACAAUCCCACAGCUCAGCAGUGUAAUGGAGAUCAUGGUAUAUAUUAUGAUAUAAUAACAACAUAUGUAGAUAAUGUUUCACUAUGAAACAUUUUAUUGGAUCACGUGUGACUGUAGGGGAAUAUCUGUUUGAUGUGCACGAGCAUGACUUUGUGUAUGGGGCCUGCACCACACCCAAGGAGCUUGUAUCCACAUGUGUAUUUCAUGUGAGCGCUCAGGAAAUUAGGCAAUGUAGGGAGGCCUAGACUCCCCUCAACAUUUUGUUAAUGUGUCCACAUUAUGAAGUUCAUUGGCUUUUGAAAUUAUAUCACAAAGUUUCUUAUUUUUGUAUGGAUUUGUCAAUGUUUUGACUGAGUAUAAUUUUAUAACCCCAACCAACUGUCCAGAUUGUAUUGGAGAUGUUUGAAGCCCUUACGUGCAAAUUCCAAAUUGGUGUGUAUUGCUGUCUGUUUAUCCAUAUGUAAAUUAUUUUUGAUAGAAAAAAACAAUAAUCAAGAAUGGGAUGCAUUGUCUAACCACGGAAGCUACCUCUUCUACUUUAGUGGCUACCAGCAGUGCUUUGUAAGGUGUGUGUUCUUAUGCUAUUGGUAUUUAGUUAUUUUGGUUGGAACUGUAGGCUUUGUUUGUAAAUACAUCUGGUUGUACAGAGUCACUGAAUUUAAGUCAUGCCUUUAGUUGAUGCCAAUUGUGGGAGGAAUGUACAGUAUGUACUGUAUACUGUGAUUUUUGUAAACCAAAAUAUAUAAAACCAGUUGCUUGAAAAAAACAA